GACUCUCCCGCGAAAUCCGACACUUCUUUGAUCUUCACCGAAAGUACAUCAUGAUAAGAUUGUAGUGCAGGUCUCCCUGAUUUCACGGAGACUUGCGGAGAACACCAAUCGCAAUGACGACGCUGAAACCUCGCGCGCCCUACACUCCCGAGGAGUUGGCCAAGCUCUAUCCGGCCGGUCUCGAAUUACGACAAGUCCAGAUUCUUCUGCGCCACGGAGAGCGGACGCCUGUAUCGACUCGAUUUCAGAAUGCUGGUCUGGCACCUUUCUGGCCGUAUUGCAGUGCGGCCAAAGACAUGAAAUCGGCAAUCCUGGAGGCGGAUGGCUCAUGGGACACCCUGCAAUGGAGAAGGCGCAUAGAAUCACUCGGCAAAGACGACCAGCCAAGCUUAAACACUGGAUCGAAAGGGGAGGUCGAUAGCAUAUGCCAGCUUGGCGAGCUAACCGAUCGCGGUCGCGAGACCACUCUCGCUCUUGGACAGCGCACACGGAAGCUCUACGUUGACCAACUGGCCUUUCUCCCAGCCACCUUCGACGUCCAGUCCGCCUCGAAUGUGUACUUGCGAUCGACACCGAUUGUUCGCGCCCUGGAGAGCGUGCAGCAAGCAUUCAACGGCCUCUACCCUUCUUCUACACGGGCCAAUGGAGCGCCUGCACCCGCGGUAAUGACGAGAGCAUGGCAAGACGAGACGCUCGUCCCCAGCGAAGGCGCAUGCAAACGUUUCCGCGAACUGGCACGUGGCUUUGCUGAUCGCGCCGCAAAGCUGUACAACGAUGGGCCUGAACUUCAAUACAUCAACAAGAAGAUUGGCAAGUACAUGCCUGAGGACUCGCCCGUGGUGAAGGUGGACUCCCAUCCGCGCUUGUCAGGUGUGAUGGAUUCAGUCCACGCCUCACUGGCUCAUGGCAAAGACACUCGAUUGCCGAGCGAAUUCUACGACGAGAAGGUUCGCGCCGGCAUCGACAAGAUCUGUGUUGAGGAAUGGUUCGGGGGAUAUGCCGAGAGCAAUGAGUACCGCAAACUGGGCAUCGGAGGUCUAGUCGGAGACCUAGUGCAGCGAAUGGUGGAGCACACAAUGGCCGCAGCUAAGCAGCAGCCCAGCGAGGAGCCAUUCAAGAUCAGCAUGGCGGGAUGCCAUGAUACUACCGUCGCAGCGACGCUUGCUGCAUUCGGCGCAUUCGAUCCUUACAACGACAAGUGGCCUGGCUUCACCAGCUCCAUCGCCUUUGAACUUUUCAAGCAAAAGGACGGCGAGGCAGGAAACAACACUCCCACUGGUACCAUCAGGCCCGACAGCAAGAGGACAUGGUGGAGUUCCUUCUUCCCAUCGUCCCUCGCCCCAACCCCGAGCUCUCCCCGCGCACCUCUGGCCGAAAUGCCAUUAACCGACCGCAAGAAUCUCGACGAGUACUUUGUCAGACUCCGAUACAAUGAUCAACCCCUGACAAUUCCCUUUUGCAAGCCUCAGGGCCGACAUUACAAGGACGACGAAAGCUUCUGUACACUGGCUGCAUUCAAAGAAGCCGCCGACAGUUUCACGCCCAAGAACUGGAAGGAGGAGUGUGUAAUGAAUCUGGGGCAGCCGACGAUGAGUGCGGUGGUUGACAGGCCGCCAGGGUUGUGACCAGUGUUUUUGUCGAGAGUUGUGCUUCGAAUAGAGACAGAGAUUCUAGAGGUAUAGACGCACGCGUAUGGACAAAGGUUCAUGUAUGAAGGCGAAAGAAGGGGUUGUUUGUCGAGUGUGUGAAUGCAACGAGCAUUUUUGUAGUGUUCGAUCUACGGGUGAUUGCCUUGUCUCUUCAUGACAGGUCCUCAAAAGAGAUG